UGUAACAAGAACAUCAACAAGAUUUUCACAAACCAUAUGCUUACAUAUGUUUCACAAGGCCCCCGGCUCAAAACUAGCAUGAGUUAAAUACAACUCACAUGGCAGUUAAUGUGUUAAUGAGGAUACAAUGUGAACAUCUGAUUUAGAAUACGCAAGAAAACUGUCCAGUUUUCCUGAACUUGUCUGUCCAGUGUUUUCUACUCUGCUUUGGGGAUUUUGGAUUAAUGCAGAGAAGAAGUUCAAACAGAUUGAUCCUUUUCUUUCUCCUCUAAGUUUGCUUGUUCCCUAUUUUAGGGGCUGUGUUAGGGUAUAACUGUUUCCAUCUUACAGGAAGGAAUUUCAAACCUUCUUCCCUUCAGACUUUCCAGACAUUAAAUAGAGCUGGCGAUAAUGUCAGCCCAAGUUAUUGUUUAAACGGAAGUGGAUAAUAUCCAGCCAGGGAAGCUGGAAAUAGGAUUGCAGUAUUACUUCUGAAAGGAACAAUUUAAUAUACUCUUGGAAAAUUAGAGUGGAUCAAACAUCUUGGCAAAUUAAAUGAUAUUAAUCACUCUUUAUUUACUUAAUUUUUAUUGCUUGCCAUUAUACACUGAGAUUCUGGCUCUAUAAAAUAUGAAUCUAAGAUGCUUCACCAUUUGUGAAGCUUCAAAGAGCACAUGUACUUAUUGCUUCUGUAGCCUUUUCUUUUCCAUUUUUUACAUAAAAAUAUGCACUUUUAAAAACACCAUUAUGCACUUAGUAUGCAGUUGCUUGGGAUCUUAAGGUAAAUUUUCAUUGAUACCUUUUCUACUCCUUUAUGAUAAAAAACAUUCUAAAUGUUUUAACUUGGUCACACAUAAAUGCUGCUUACUAACAUUUACCAUUUCAUAGAAAGUGCUGAAAGAACUUUUAAAUGCCUAAAGGAUAAUUUCGCCCUUGAAGACUCCUUAAGAAUUACAGGAAUAGAAGAGGUCUGGUUCACUGCGUCUGUCCAGCCCUGGCUGUUUCUUAGAGGACUUCAUGCAUUCACUCUCAGACCACAAAUCCUAGAGCUAGAUGUUAUGUGACUGGAAUUCUGCUUCUACAGACGCUGCACGAAUCAGAGUUAUAAACUCAGGAUCUCAGAAUGAGUAGUGUUUGGAUAAGUAGAUAACAACAUACUCAGUGUUCAUACACAAGCCUUUACAAACCCUUCUUUCAUCUGUGGCUCUCAAUGUCUGCUUCACUCCAAAACAGUGAUUUCCUAAAUACAGCUGAAUGCCUAGAUUUAAUAUAGUUUAUUCUCCAAAGAAGCCAUUACUUAGAACAGCCUCACAGACAUCAAGAUUGUUGCAGUUCAAUCACCAAGACGUGCCGUAGAAGUUUACUGUCUUUCAUGAUAUGGAAAAAAAAAUUUUUUUGUUUGGCAUGAAAUCAUCUCUCACAUUUCCUCCUAAGUCAUUCUCUGACUACCUGGUGCCAUUUCACUGGGCCUCUUCUAAACCACAUACCUUCUGUCCCUGUGUGCAGCUGCUGUUAGGAGAUGGCUGCUCCCUUAAUAGACUCUUCUUUGCAGAUGUGUGUAAUGUGGAUCACCAGAACAAAGCGGGGUAUACCCCCAUCAUGCUGGCGGCCCUUGCUGCCGUGGAGGCAGAAAAGGACAUGCGGGUUGUGGAAGAACUCUUCGGCUGUGGGGACGUCAACGCCAAAGCCAGUCAGGCAGGGCAGACGGCCCUCAUGCUGGCAGUCAGUCACGGGCGGAUAGACAUGGUGAAAGGCCUGCUGGCCUGCGGGGCUGAUGUCAACAUCCAGGACGACGAGGGCUCCACAGCCCUCAUGUGUGCCAGCGAGCACGGGCACGUGGAGAUCGUGAAGCUGCUGCUGGCCCAGCCAGGCUGCAAUGGCCACCUGGAGGACAACGAUGGCAGCACCGCGCUCUCAAUAGCCCUGGAAGCAGGACACAAGGACAUCGCUGUUCUCCUCUAUGCCCACGUCAACUUCGCAAAAGCCCAGUCUCCGGGCACGCCUAGGCUUGGAAGGAAGACGUCUCCAGGUCCCACCCACCGAGGUUCAUUUGAAUGAUUACGUGCAAAUCGGUCUCCAUUUACACGCCACCAUUAAGCUGCUAAUUGUUCCUCUUGGGUUGACAGAUACUGAAUGUAUAUGUAUUGUGCCUGAGCUCACCAGCAAACAGAAGCAUAAAGCUGAGGGCUAAAGGCUGAAGCUUUCACAGUGCAGAGACUGCUGGCCUGGGCACGCCUCCUUUCUGGCCAUCUUCUCUCUGUGUAGGGCACACUUUAAUCCAGUCUCUGUUGCUGUCAAGUCUCUGCUCCGUUAUGUACAGUCGUGGGAAAUUGUAACCUGACCUGAAUGGGCACCUUCUGUUCACUUCUCUCCACUCCCCCACCACCACUAAGAAGUGUCAGGUUCUCACUGACAUCGUGUUUUAAAAUUUUUCCACAAAUAUUUACUAAAUGUGGAAUCAUUAGAAAUCUCUUCCAAAAUUCCAUUCCAAGGUGAUGUUCCUUUUGUCUGUAUUCUUUUAAAGUAAGGAAGUUGCGAUGACUUUGACUAUCAGCAACUUGGGCUGGUAGUUUCUGAUUUAAAAAUAGAAGAUGGAAUUCUCAAAGUAUAGAACUUAUAAAAGGAAGUAUUUUUUAAUUGGUUUUAUCUAGGUGGAUGUAUUAUACGACUUUUUAUAUAAAAGGUGUCUAUGAAAUUGACAGUUAUUUUCAACUUUUAUAUUCUAUAGUAAUUAAAGACAUGAAGAAACUAUAUGUAACAUUACCAUAUUUUUAUUAAUAAUGGCACAACUAUGUAUCUAUUGAUAAAAGUUGGAUUGUGUUAGAGGAAUUGGCUAUUAUUUGCCUCUAGAGAAACAUAGUAUAUAGUUCUUUGUAUUUAUGGAUUGAUUCCUUCAUACCAGGUCACAUUUACUUUGGUCCUAUAUGUAUUUAAAUGUUUGAAGUGCCUUAGACUCUUGCCAUAUUUCCAAAAUAAAAUUUCAUUAAGCUUU